AUGCUCUUUCUUUUUUUUUUUUUUUAAUUUUUAAAGGACUUGUUUUUCUCAGGAAUUCAUGAUGAAGAGCCUUUUUUUAUCUCUCUUACUUGUCUCUGUUCUGUUUAUGAACAGCUUCACAGAAGUGCAGGGAGGGAAAUGGAAAGGUGAAGGUACAACACAAAACCUGGAAAGUAUUGUCAUUGGAAGAUGCUAUGACUAUAUUAGGAUUGUGAAUCCUGCUGUGGGAGAGAAAAACUGUUCAGAGAUAUGGGAAGCAUUUAAAAACGCAUUUAUUAACAAGGACCCUUGCAACAUUCUACCUAAGGACUAUGAAUUAUUUAUCAACCUGUCAUUGCACACAAUUCCACCUAACAAGUCUCUCUUCUGGGAAAAUAAUCAUCUGCUAGUCAACAGCUUUGCUGGCAGGGGCCAGCGCUACAUGUCUCUGGCUGAUACUCUGUUUGGCUUCUUUGGAGAUUUUCUAAACUGGUGUGGGCAGGCAAACAGCAUUGAACUGGACUAUGAAUCCUGCCCUACCACGGAGGAAUGUGAAAACAAUGCAGUGGAAUCUUUCUGGAGAAUGGCCUCAAUCACUUAUGCACAGCACAGUUCAGGGGUGAUACAUGUCUUGUUGAAUGGUUCCGCAGUUGGAGGAGCUUAUCCAGAACCAGGUUUUUUUGCAGAUUACGAAAUACCUAAUCUUCAGAAAGACAAAAUCUCACAAAUUGCCAUCUGGGUUGUGGAUGAUAUUGAAGGACCAGAUAUAGAUUCCUGUGGAACUCAUACUGUAGAGAAACUAGAAAACAGAUUGAAAACCCUUGGUUAUGAUGUCAUCUGCACUGACAAUUACAAGUCUGUAAUGUUCUUACUCUGUGUGGAUUAUCCUGAUGAUCCUAAGUGUACCCUUUCAUCAUCUGCACCAGCAGCACAAAGAGGACCUAUAUCUUCAGACAGAGGAGGCAGCUGGAACAAGCUCAUGUUUGUUUCUUUUGUAGGCUUUUUGUUCAGAUUUGCUUUAGUGUACUAAGUUAAUCAACUGCAUCCAUAUCCUCUGUUUGCCUUAGCGGGCUAUAAAUUUGACAUCAACUGAUUUCUAAAUGCAGUUUCACCCUACUUAUUGGACUACCACACCUGCAUAUUUAAACCAGGAGUCUUCUAUUUAGAUACCAGCUACUUUUAGUAUCAAAAAUUAUUCUACUGCUGCUUGAAAGUCUCACCCUUUAUUUCCUUUUCUUGAAUCCAUUGCUCUUUCCUUUUACUCACCAGAAUUAAAUUGAGAAUAAUACUUCCUGUUAACGUAUUUCAGAAAGAUAAGUGAAAUAGGGCCUGUCAUACGUCUCCCACACAGCUUACUUGUUUGUGAAAUCAACCCUAGCAUUUGGCCUUGGAAACUUAGUGUCUGAUUAUUGUGUUUAGGGAAGGGGAAAUAUGAAUUCAGGUGGAAGAGAGCUUUGAUCACUCAAUAAGUGGUCCAGAACUCAGGCCAAACUUAUCUGAAAUUGUUGUACAGCAAGAUUCUGGCUUGCAUGUUUGCACAUAGUAUUUUCCCACUUAAUAUCGAUUGUUUCAUCAUCCACAAGCUGUUCCUCAGCUGGCUGUUUUCUGGCCAUGUCAUAGUCCAUAGUCAGGAAAACCAGCUCUAGAAAUUUCCACAGUUUUUCCAUGAUGAUGUGAUGGUUGAUCAUCGUGAAUGUAAUUUAUGGCAUAUCAAAUUCAGACAAGAACCUGCCAAGUCAGGCAUCUGCCUGCUUGCAGUGAACUCAGUUAGCAUGCUUCAGAAUAUAUUGAGGAGAGAGCAGAUGCCAUCUUGAAGGUCCCUUAAAUUAUUUUUGUGAAUUAUCUAAGAAUUCCAACUAGUUAUUCCUCUAAACCACCAACAAAUGCAGCUACCAAGAUGGCACAUAAAUCUUUGGAAAAAAAUUUGUUCUUCUAGAAAAUAACCUGAAUUAGAAUUUUGGUGCACAUACUGUUAGGUUCUGUGUUAUUUAUACAUGUUGUCAGAAAAUGGGAUAGGAUAUUCCUGUUAUCUCAGUGCAUCUGAUUUAGGGCUCCAUAGUAGAUCUGCAUCCUUUCAGUCCCUGGUACAACAAUAUCACAUUGUAUGUUUGAAAGAAAAGCUACCUACAGUAUGUUGUUGUUGCUCAUUUGUCUUCCUUCCAUUUCUGUAAUAACCUUUAAUUUGGUUUUAAUGCAAAUCCCUUUAUAUUAUACACAUAGUUGCAUUUGCCUAAGUCACAGAUGGGUUUAGGCUCCAGCUUUAAGGUCUUUUGUGUCCGCUUCAGACACUUGCAGAAGUAAUGAAAUCAGAAGUUACAGACCGUUCAAAAUCUGGGCUGUAUUACAACUUAAAAUUGUUCCCUACCUAUGCUGAAACAUUAAUCCUUUGAUUAGUCCUUUCAACAUCCUCCUUAUUUUUAUUUCUUGUUUGAUGCUAUCCUUAACAGCAUCUGCCAGAAUAAUGAGAGGUAUCAGAGACAUCUCAGAUAACUGAAUCCAAGCAGUUUUGAUCAGUCUUUGAUUUGUCCACAGAAGAUCACAUCAUAGCAAAUUUUGGACUAUAGGCUGUAGAGACAGUGCUCAAAGAUAGGUGUCCAAGCCACCGUUUGCUCUAGUGUUGUCCUACCCACUGACCUGUACAUUAUAGUGUGUGCAGGAUUCAGAGAAUAGCUUAAUAUCACUAACAAGCCACGUGCCUCAGGCAACUUCCACCCACAAGCCAAGCAUCCCAGCUGGCCAUCUUUUGCUUUCCAGCCUCUAGAUGCAAUCCACUCCAGCAGCACAGUCGGUGCUGGCCCAUACAUAUGACACCAAGCACACUGUAGGAAGUGCUAAAUAAUUCUGUUUGGAAAAAAAAGUAAAAUACAAAAUAGGGUAGACACAAUUCAAAUUUGAAGUCAUUUACUGCAUAACCUUGUAUCAAGAGCAACACAAUCAGAAGCCUACUGCAGUGUCUCCUUAUUUCUAACGUUCUUGCCUCUUUUCCUGUUGCUUCAACUCAGUAGCAGUUUUUUCUUCCAGUGUCAUUUGAAUAAAGUGUCUCAAACUUACUGGAAAAUCUUGGGAAGAUCCAUAAAGAUUUUUACCUGACCAACUAGUAUAGCUGUGGAAAAAAAAGGUGUGAAAGUUUUAGACACAUAGACUUCCUGAUAUCUAAAAGACAGCAAAUUUUAAGCUGAGUGAGUAUUGUUUGUUCUGAGUUUAAUAUAAUGGUUUUAAUCUGUAUGAAAGAACAUUGUGACUGGCAUCUCAGAAGCAGAGGGGCAGAUGUGUCAGCAAAGUGAGAAACAAUAAGGCCAGUUGUUACUCCCAGAGGGAGUGAGAGACAUGGACAAAAAGUUGUGAGCAAGAUAAUCCUUUAUCUCUAUUUCUGUGUUUACAAAGUAUAUGAAUAGUGCUAUUUACAUAUAUAUUUUACACUUAUGUUGUGAGAAUCGAGCAGGUAUGUCUGUGCUCUGGCUUGAGCACUCAGUAACUGCGCUGAUUAGCAAUGUCUCAUGUAACAGCUGUGCCAAAUUUGGAGAAAUCAUAAUGUCCAAAAGGCAUCUGCCCUUCUCCAUGAUGUUCAGCAGGGUGCUUCAAAUAUGUAUUCAGAAUGUUUCAAUCAUUCCUACUUGUACUGGCAAUACUGCAAAACCAGCCAUCUCCAGGCCUGAACUCAAGGGGGGAAGUGUUUCGUCGAAAACAUUACAAGUAUCUCUUCAUUCUGAAUCCAGUUGGAUGCCAUAAUCCUGUAUAAGUCUGUUAAUAUCCAACUAAAGGCAAAUGAAAGCAGCAUGUACAGGAGCAUUACAAGGUGUUCUGCAUUUCUGCAGACAGACUUGUGGAAGCUCCUGCUACUAAAGGAGUAUUUCCUGUCUUUUCCCAUUUUGUGGGCCACUUAAGAACUCAGUUAUAUCAUGCUUUUCAUUCCUAUAUAGAAAUAAAUAUAAUCUCCUCUUCUGCUAACCUACUUAUUUUUUUCUGCUGUGUGUGUUCCAGUCAUUGUAUCUGACAAAAACCGAACCCUAAUUCAGAGUAAUUCCUUGUGUGUGCAUGCACACAUAUUCAUCUGCUCAUAGCUGCUGUGAUCAUCUGCUUUUAAAUGCAAACUCUCAAGUGCUCUGUAGAAAGAAGUUAUGAGAAUAAAGCAAGGACAACUUGUUCACCUCUCUGCCCUUUUUA